AUGUAUUAACCAAUAUUACAAAAUUAGCAAAAUUAAGAAUUAAUCAUCGGAGCCCCAGAAAUUCCUAUUUCAAGUAAAGCAUUAAGCCAUUUUAGUUGAAUACAUGGCAUAAUAGCCAUAGUGUUAACCACUGAUUUAAUUAAAAGAUAGAAGGAAGUUUUUAGUUCUUUUGAUGUUGACUUGUUUUUGUUAAACUGGAUUAGAACUAGCUAUUUCUCUUAUUUCUGCUUAUUCAAUAAAUAUUCAAGAUUUAAAGUUAUCUUUUGCAAUUCCAAUGUUUAUUUUUCUAAUAAUAGCAUAGUUAUUAUUAUUGUAGAUAAUAAAAUCUAAACCACAAAUUAGGGAUGUAAUAAAUAAUAAAUAAUUAGACAUUAAUCAAAGAAAUUUUGUUAAUUCUUCUAUAUACAACAAUAGUUACUUCAUCUAUAUGUAUUUUUGGAGUAAGAUUAUUUUACAAUACAAUUCUGA